AUGGGACGGUGGCAAUGGGGUUCUCGAGACCUUGGGUUCGGGUGGUGUGAGAGCAACAGAGGUGAACGACGACGACGACCGUCGCCAGCAGAUGACAUGUCGACGAGCACCGCCGUCGGUGGAGCUCGGCCAUGGGCGGAAGGCUUUCCUCACGGGCGAAUCCGGUUUAAGAAAAUGGCGACUGGGUCCUUGUAUGGUAAGUGACAUGUGAGGCCAAGUUUUUUGUUUUUUGAGACUUCCUACCGGCAGAAAUGGACGUCUCUUUGACAAACCGACCGACCCUACGUACCGGGCGAGGUAUCAUCCUGACGGGACUCAGUCGUUGUAUAUUAAAUCACACAAAUAUAAAAUUUAUAAAACUAGAAAAUACGAAUUUUUGAAUAUUUAGAUAUACUUCUGAAUAAAUAUAUCAAUUAUAAUUUAAUAAAACUUCCAAAAAUAACGGUAAUUUUUUAGGUCAAUCAUAGGGAUGUAGUAUAAUAUCUGGUAAUUAUUCAGAAUUUUCCUCAAAGAAUUUUUUUUUUUUAUGAAUUUUAUACUAAGAAUUGAAAAGGAAAUAUAUUUAAAAUUCACAAAAAAGGAAAUAAGAGUGUGAACGUCAAGAUGACAUCAGUGCCCGGCGAAUGCAAAUUGGGUGGAAAUAGAGUUCCACCCAACAAUUCUUACAUAAGUGAUUACAAAUGAUUUAAUUAAUCAAAUUAAGAUUUAUAAAAGCUAGAAGAAUUAUAAUUGAACAAAGUAUAUUUUGGUAAAUUCAAGACACAAAAACUAUCACUAAAUAAAACGUAAAGUAAAUUGAAAGUAGGAAAAUAGAAUUCCGGCGUCGCGACGACAAUGCGUUAGUGAUGCACUAGAAUUCUGAGCGUUCAAGAAGAUCGUCGUGUAGUGUCCACGACCUCGAAGGCUCUUCUUGGACAAAGACAAUGUGAGUAAUCUCUAGAUCUUCUCGUAAAGUCUAGAGCUUAAUGAAAUGGGUCGUUGAGUCAUCUCCGGCAGCUGUCACCUGGCAGAGUAGAAAAUGGCAACUUUGUAACUCUUUGACAGCUGUCACAUGAUAGAGAGGAGUUAGAUAGAAGUGGGGCGCAUGUCAAGGAGCUUCAUCCUCAAGUCCGCGUAACAAGAGGAGGCUCUUCAUCACAUCUAGUAUGCUCUCAAGAGGUGGCGACUCAUCUCCUGGCGAAUUGUUCUCUUCCCGACGACAAUUUGUUCGUCGAUCAAUCGGAGAUGA